ACUCAAAACUAACUUCGUCAUUUCCCACACCUUCCUUAACUAACAUCAAAUCCAAACUAAUAAAUAAAUCCCCAAAUUCUAGGUUUCAAAAUCUCUAAAAAUUCUCUCCUUUCAAUGAGAUUACCAGGGGCAGACCUCUUCGGUCCUCGAAUUGGAAUGGACUCGGACUUCUCUCCGGUCGAGUAUCGGUCUGACUAUGAUUUCGGUUUCGCUUUCAAUGACAGUAAUUUCUCCGAUAGGGUCUUAAAGAUUGAGAUCGUUGCUGAUUUGCCAGAUGCAAAAUCAGUCGGUGAUGGUUGUUCUAGCAUCACUGAGUGGGCCCGUAACAGAAAGAGAAGAAGAGAGGAUAUUAUGAAAGAUAAAGCUGUGGAAGUUGUGGGGCAAAACAAGGACGAACAGGUACUGAAUUUUAAUAUUCCAGACACAGAGAAUAGUGUGGCUUAUGAAAAUCAAGAUGUAGAAGCUGUAGUCAUGACUGAGGGGUCUCCUACAGAUGCUCAAUUGGAUUUUAAUCAACGUGGUGAUGCUGCUGGUCCAAGCAGUGACUCAUCCUGGAGCAUGGAUUGUUCAACAAUUCUAAGAGUUAAGUGUAUAUAUAUUAGCUCUGCAAUAUUGGCAGCCAAGAGUCUGUUUUUUCACAAGUUAUUUUUAAAUGGGAUAAAGGAGUCAGAGCAGCGAGACGUAACUGUACAGAUACAUGCCUCCGAAGAAGAGGCCUUAUUGGACCUCCUCAAUUUUAUGUACAGUAAUACCUUAUCGGCAACCCGAGCUACUGCUUUGCUGGAUGUGCUCUUGGCUGCUGACAAAUUCAAGGUUGCAUCAUGUAUGAGAUAUUGCAGCAGGUUAUUGCGCAGCAUUCCAAUGACCUGUGAAUCUGCUUUGCUCUACUUGGACCUUCCUUCAAGUAUUUUGAUGGCAGAAGCAGUUCAGCCCCUGACAGAUGCAGCAAAGCAGUUUCUUGCUGUAAAAUACAAAGAAAUAUCAAGGUUUCAGGAAGAGGUGCUUAAAUUGCCUUUGGCUGGUAUUGAGGCAGUGCUAUCCAGUGAUGAUCUCCAGGCAGCUUCAGAGGAUACUCUUUACGACUUAGUGCUUAAGUGGGCUCGUACUCAUUAUCCAAAAUUGGAGGAGCGAAAAGAAGUUCUUGCCAAACAACUAGUUCGAUUAAUCCGUUUCCCUUAUAUGACCUGUCGAAAACUGAAGAAGGUUUUAAAUUGCAAUGAGUUUCACCCAGAACUUGCAUCCAAGGUUGUGCUUGAGGCCUUGUUUUUCAAGGCUGAAACAUCACAUAGGCAGCGUGCUAUUGCAGCAGAUGAGCCAAAUCGUCGCUUUGUGGAGCGGGCAUACAAGUAUCGACCGGUCAAGGUGGUUGAGCUUGAACUUCCUUAUCAGCAGUGUGUGGUCUACCUGGACUUGAAGCGGGAGGAGUGUGCACAACUAUUUCCAACUGGCCGGAUCCAACAUGAGCUUGAACAUCAUCUGGUUAACAACUUUACUACUGAUACUUUGGAUGCAUUUCUUCAAAAUUCUGCUUUUAAAUCCUUGGUUCGCCAGUGGCCUCACACUGGUGCUUUAUACAAGGGUCUGAUUCCUGUGAAUCUAUCAGGUAUGGAAGUCUCAAUAGUACGAAUCAGAAGCCGGACACUAUGGAAAAUUGGUGCUAAUUUUAGCAACUUUCAGAUUCCAUCCAGAACCAUGACAUCGCCACAUGUGAAGAGGCUGGCUAUAGUCUAUCAAGACUUGGGCAACUGGUCUUCUUACUACUACAGUGCUCCAGGUUACUCAAUGAUCACUCCUGUUGUUGGUUUCAUGGUUUUCAAUGCAUCAAACGCAAGGCCCGAAAGCACUGAGAAGAUUAGUCUUGAUACAAGGGGAAAGGCUAUAGUAAUUCGUUUCGCCAACUCAACGAUUCCUGAGAGCAUGAUAGUCUUUGGAGCAAAAUGUGUAACAUUUAGUGCUAGUGGGAAAUUUCACCUUAGUGAAAUCAACCAGCUUAAUGAAUGUCAUUCUCAAGAUCAAGGCCACUUCUCCAUUGUGGUUCCACUACAGAGGAAAGGAAGAGAUAAGAGGAAGCAUAGUCUGUGGUAUUUAUGGGUGAUAGAGUUUGUGCUUGGAUUCAGUGUAGUGGCUUUUCUAGGAUACUUUGGGAUAGUGUCUCUGAAACUCUUGAAAACGAAGACGAUUCAAGCAAUGGAAAGACAAGCUGAUGAAGAUUUGGUUCUUGAUACUAUUUGGGUUGGCACUAGUAAAAUGCCUUCUGCAACAGUAACAAGAACUCAGCCAAACCUUGACAAUGGAGGUUUUUUAGAGUCCUAGAGUAUAGACCUUUUCCUUUGAUCCUUGCUUAAAUCCUCUUCUUUGUUCAACUCUUCUCUUUUCCCUAGUAUUUCUUUUUCGGAAAGCCUGAGGUAUAAAAUGUUUUUUUAUUUUUUAAGA